ACUUAUUAAGUGGCAGUCUUUUUGUACUUGAAUACAAUUUUCAGUUUUUGCUUAUGCUUCCUAUAUCUAACUAUAUGCAGAUAUAAAUACUGGCGUCUUGGUGAUAUUUUUGUUUCAAUACCUCAACCAUCAUGGAUAUGAAGUUCAAUCCACCAAAUUUGGAAAGUUUUUUCUCGCCAAAUCAUCAACCACAUUCGCUUUCAACGAUAUGGGCCGAUAAAAGCAAGCAGGAGGAAGAAGUUGAUCCUGGAAUCUCAGAUAUGGAAGAGCAAGAUCAAGCCAAAGAUGACGCAGAAAACAGUAAAGAAAAUGAUUCUACUGAAAAUCUCAAUGAUGCUCUGGAAUGGGAAAAUGGUGUUGGUAAAUUGCCUGGAAGUGAUUUGAAGUUUCGUGUGAAUGAGCUUGGAGAUAUUGAAGUUAUCACAGAAUCAGUACAAAUGGAUGAAGUUUCUAAUAUAAUGGAUGAGGCUGAAGCAGUAGAAAAUGGAGUUAUCCCUUCUGAUCGAACUCCUGCUCCGGACUCAGACACAGAAAAUCAAUUAAGUAUUGUUGAAGAAUCAGAUAGGACUGAUGAAGUUAUCAACGAUAAUGGCGAUUCUAACAUAUUUGUUGAACAAAACGGUUCAUCGUCUGAUAACAUUGUUGAACAAAAUACAGAAAAGGAUUCCAAAUCAGCUAUUUCUUCCGAAACUGAUCUCAAUCUGGAAAAUAAAAAUUGUGAAGAUAAAGAUGAAGAUACUCAGAAUGAAUCUAACAUUCAACCCAAGGAUGAGAAUGCAGAUGUUGCGGUGAGAAGUGAAUCAUCUUUGGAAGAUAAUUUAACAGAUUUUGAUCCAGUUUUACAUGAAGAUAUUGCUUCAAUGUUAUACGAUGAUGCCAACACUAAUAUAAAUUUACAGAAGACAGACGACGAUUGCUUAAUAACUCCUACACCUUCUCCAGGUAGCACCUAUAAAGAUGAAGAUUAUUCACCAGAACAUAGUGACUUGAAAAUUGUCUCUGUGCGAUCUGACUCUGCAGAAACAGGAAAAUGUUUAAUAUGUGGCAACACUACUCGACCUGGUAAAAGGUUUUGCAGUAGACAAUGUGUUGGCAGAAAUGCAACCAAAAGAAGAAGAGAAAAUCAAAUGUUUGUGUCAAAAAAAUACUUGAAAAACAAACGACGAGCCAAAAAUCUUCAUAAUAAACGAGAUCAGAGAAGUCUACAUACUGACGAUAUAUUAACUGUAGUACAAGACGAUUCACCAGGAAGGAAAAAUGAUUUAAAAAUCAAAAUAAGGUGGUCAUCUGCUUCAAAUGAAAACCAAGAGGAAUAUAAUCAGAAUGAUAAAGAUAUUCCGAAACGAAAAGCUGUUUUAAAUGGAAACUACGAUGGAACAAGAGGAACCAAUCGAAAGAAAUUCAUCUGGUCAACUUAUCUUGAAGAAGAGCAGGCGGUUCCUGCUCCACUAGAUGCGUUUGAGGAUUUUUCUGGAAAAAAUCCAUAUUUGACUCGAAAUCCUUUUCAAGUAGGGAUGGCAAUGGAAGGAGUUGAUCCUGAGCACGAGUCGCUCAUUUGUCCACUGUUUGUUGCAGAGCUCAGAGGAUGUCGCAUCAGGCUGAGUUUUUGUGGAUAUUCCGAAUCUUAUGAUUUUUGGAGAAACUGUGAUUCACCUUUUAUAUUUCCCUGUGGGUUUUGUGAAGAGACGAAUAGAAUACUUCAACCGCCAAAAGAAUGUAAAAUUGAAAACUUCGUAUGGAAUGAAUAUGCAAAAUCUCAUCAAAUAUAUCCAGCUCCCAAAGAAUGUUUUGUAAAAAUAUCAGAUAUUGAAACGAAGUCCAAAGAUAUCACUUUCAAAAUUGGCCAGAAAUUAGAAGCUGUAGAUAAGCACAAUCCUGAUCUGAUAUGUGUUGCUACUGUGCAAGAUGUUAUCAAUGAGCAAGUUCUUAUUCAUUUUGAUGGAUGGAGCAAUAAAUUUGAUUUUUGGUGUCCAAUUUCAUCACAACUUAUACAUUCUACUGGAUGGUGCGAGAAGAAUAAUAAAGUUCUUUUAUUACCUGAAGAUUACGACACAACACAAAAAUUUGAUUGGUCCAUCUUCCUCACACAAACACAAACUACAGCUGUUGAUGAAAAAUUGUUUUCCACUGGAGUUGCGAAUAAGUUUAAACAAGGAAUGAAACUCGAAGCUGUUGAUCAAAGGAAUCAACGUUUGAUAAGAGUUGCUUCAAUUGCGGAAAUUGAUAAUAUCAGGGUUAAAAUUCAUUUUGAUGGUUGGAGUGACAUGUAUGAUUUCUACACCGACCUAGAAAGUUCAGAUUUGCAUCCAAUUGGCUGGUGUGCAAAAUCUGGACAUCCUAUAGAACCUCCUGUAUCUCUCAGUGACAUGGAAGACUCUGCAUGGCAAACUAGUGGUUGUCCAAUCCCAGGAUGUGCAGGCCUUGGACAUAUCAAAGGUGCUAAGUACAUGACACAUUACAGUGAGUUUGGAUGUCCGUAUUCACCACAAAAUCUAACAAAAGAAGUCUUAAAAGAUCGUCUCGCUGUACACAAGCCUCGAAGAAGUGCUCAUAUGAUAACAGAUGAGAAUAAUUCUAUAAACAAUGAUGGAGAUCCAGAUUAUAUAGAAGAACAAGUGAUUACGCAUAAGACUGGAAAAGUCCUGACUCGUAAACGUCUCAGCAAUAGCGAUCAGAAUCAUCUUACAUCACCCAGUAAAAAAAAGUUGAAAGAGAAUUCCGAGGACUCUUUCCAACAUGAAAGAAGCCGAGGUAAUACAGCUCAAGUUGUUUCAAAGUGGACAAUCGAAGAUGUUGCGAGAUUCAUCAGGAAUCUUACAAGCCAACAAAUAUACGAACAAAUUUUUAUGCGUGAAGAAAUAGAUGGUGAAGCUAUGCUAAUGUUAACACAAUCCGAUAUGCUGCGAAUUCUCAAAAUAAAGCUUGGUCCUGCUGUGAAAAUUUAUAAUGCGAUCAUGACAAUCAAGGAGGCAGCAUGAUUGGGUAUGAUUGUUAUGAAAAUAAUUCUUAUGCAAUGCAUGAAUGAUGUCAGUUUAUUGACCAUUUUUCAUUGAGAUAGAAAGGGAUACAUUGGAAAUCCAAGGAUUUGGAAGUAGUAUUCUCAACGAUUAACAUUUACAACAGACUGUAACUUCAGUCUACUUUACUUCUGAGUGCGUGGACCAUACAUUGAGCAAAUAUUAUUAUAAAAAUAGACUGGAAUACACACAAGGGCUCAUUUUGUGACACUUUUCGGUCCUCCCGAAGUAUGUGAACCAAGAUGGCGGACACCGGAACGUAGUAUGUGCACCACGUUAGGCCAUAAUUUCAGGUGCAAAUACUACGAGAGUCACUUGGUUAGUCCCCAAACUCGUAAUAGAACUAAAAUAAGGAAAAUUGGAAUAAAAUUAUGGCCUUACCUGGUACACAUACUACAUUCCGGUUUCCGCCAUCUUGGUUCACACAUUAUGAGAGUACCCACUUUUUUUGAAUAGAAUCAGGCAUGGACUUGGUUUCUGAUACUCAGUUAUUUGUAGGCUGUUGUCUACCUGAAUGGUAACUGUAGCUGUAGGGUUUGUCAACCGGUUAUGAUACAAUAUGAGAAUUGUAACGUGUGCUCUGGGCAGGUUGAUGCUUUUUUGUUGAAAUUGCAAUGCUCUUACAACAUUGUUCAAUACCGUCUGUUCAAUCCGUGAUGAAGUGCUUUUGUUUAUAUCGAAAUAAUUCGACAGUCAAUGUUAAAAAUACUUUCCUAUAUCAGUCCUCUUAUAGUGCUUAUCAUCUUUGAUAUCGUGAAUCCAUGAUGAUUUUUGUGGUGUUGAAUUCUACUGUAACAAAUACAAGUUUUCAUGCUUCUUGACAGUUUUUGGCAAAACUGAUUGAGAAGUUUAUAAUAGCAUUAUUAAAACGAUUUUCAAAGUCAUUACCAAAAAAUAGAUAGAUAUUGUGUUUGAUAUGGCGCUUUUUGCAUAAUUGGUCGUACUUUACUUUUAUUUUCUGUGGGAUGCAAACGAUAUCUUCAAUGUAUUAUUUUGUCAUCUUUCUUUCAUUCCUUACAUUUCUUCAUUAUUGGCAUCUAUUUGCCUUUGCAAUACUUAUUGUUGGACCAUGAAUUAAUAUUGUGUAGAAUGUCCAAAAAAUUUACUUUGACGGAAAUAAUUUCAGUGGCGUGACUUUGCUCAGAGACCAAUUUCUUUUAUGUCUGAAAGAGUGAACAUGACCUUGCGUUGUGCAAAUCUUCAUAAAACAUUAAAUACUGUUAUUUGGUCUUCUUUGAAAAACCUCAUAUAUGUCAGAAUCAAGAUUGAUAUAAAAUACAUACCGGUAAUUACUGGAUGUUAUUCACACAUAUGUAAUCGUGCAUUGUUCACUCCAAUGUUUCGAUAACCUUUGAAACCUCAUUUCCAUCAGAGCUUGUUGGUGAUCAAGGUAAAUAAACAUUGGGUUUGUUUUGUCAUGAAUUAAUAAAAAAUUUCUUGCGGCUUCAUGAACAAUUUGGCCCUAUGCACAAUAUUCAAUGAUUUUUAAGAUGUGUCAUCUAAGGUUCAUUCUUUAUUUUCACUGUGAGUUAUAAAUAGUUAUGUCGAUUAUUAUUUAUGAGUAAGGUUUCUCUUGUGUUGUUUUACGGGAACAUGGAGAAGAAAUAAAAUCAGUUAUAAGAAA